GAGCAUGUUCAUUGGGUCAUAAUAUACCUUUAUUAUGUACUGCUCUUGUUUUUGCAAGCAUUUGGAAUAACAGAAUAGGACGUUGCCGUUUGUUCAUUCUUCAACCCUAACUUCAGAAUGUGCAAACGGUUCCCUAAAGUCUUGCAGUAUGGCGUAGGUGCUGGUUUAGUCUUACUGAACCUUCCGAUCGGAAUACCCUGGUACUAUGGCAACCUGUCCAUCUAUGUAGAUUCCUAUUUUAUCUCCAAAGUAGGGUCGAGUGAGCAUUCUGCAGGCUCAUUGUGGCUUACAGGUGUGUUUCUAUCGUGUUUGAACGCAGGAAUAUUUUUCUCAGGAGUAUUUGCAAGAGCAGUUGGUCAUCGGCUCACUGUUUUCAUAGGUGUAAUAGGAUUCAAUAUCUCUGUUGGUUUGACGUACUUCACAUGUCUACAUUCCUUCUGGUUACUACACAUAACUCUGGGUGUGGGCGGAGGAUUCUUCACCGGCUUGAUAUUCGCUAUGUCGACGCUCUACGCUGCUGUGUGGUUUCCCAACGCCGUGGGAUUAGCCACUUCCGUCGCUGCCAGUUCUUUAGGAGGAGGAAGUCUAGUCAUGAAUGUGUUGACAACGAUGUUUAUCAAUCCAAGUAAUAAAACGCCUGACAUCACCUUAGGAACAGGCAAGUACUUCUCCAGCGUGGAUGUCGUGACAAAAGUGCCCGGUGUGUUUCUGCUGUUGACCGCGGUAUCUCUAGUGUGUCAUAUUAUCGCUUUCGUCCUGGUCAGAGACCACACAGAUUUAGCUCUGUUACGGAAUGAACAGAGACACAAAAAAUGUCACAAAUCUCAGAACGAGGAACCUCUUGAGAAUGUCUUUAAAGUAAACAUCAGUAAAGAAAUUGGCUGUGGAGAGAAUGGAUCUGGUUCUUUGUCGAGUCCCAAGUAUGGUGCAACAACCGACAAAGGGGAGUCUGCCAAUUUAUCAAUGGAGCAAGGAACCCACAGGCCACUUGCCCUCGACUACACACCCCUUGAAGUGCUGAAAACACGAAGCUUUUAUCAACUGUGUUUAGCAGCGAUGGUCAUGAAUUAUGGUCUCCAGGUGGAGGUCAAUUAUUACAAACAAUUCGGACUCCUUUACAUAAAUGACGACUACUUUUUGACCACAGUUGGUAGUUGCAUUAACAUUACAGUACUUAUUUCCCGGAUAGUAUGGGGGCUGGCAGUUGACCUCAGUGAUCUCAAGACGUCUUUAGCUAGUUUAACAGCUCUGCACGUGUUUGCGUCCUUGUUCUGGUAUUUCACCCCCAUGGUCAACCGUUGGCUCUUCCUUGCCUGGACACUGCUAGUUCAAGGGAUCCAAAGUGGGGUUUUGGUGGUUUUCCCUGUAGUUACUCUUCGUCUCUUUGGUCGGGCCCACUACGUUAGUAACUAUGGAUUGGUCUUCGGCAGUGGAGUUUUGCUCAACUUAAUCGCUCCGCUGUUCGUCACGGUGAUCAUACGAGACCUUGGUUAUUUCUGGCUUUUCUUUAGCAUUUCUUGUACAAGCACAGUAGGUCUUGUUCUGAUUUUACUUCUCCCAAUGGCGAGAGGGUGAGCCAGAAUAGUUAUCUUCCCCAGCAACUUUGAAAACGGCAGUGUUAAAAAAAUACAUCUUUAUUUGAUACUUUGUUGCGCAAGAGAUGGUGUCUUUUUAUCAUAAUGAUUUCUAUUGCGUUAUAAGAGUUUAGUGUCCGAAAGCUUUAAUUAAGGAUGUGUUAUUCCUAAGUAAUAAUGCGCCGUUGUUUGUUUUGUUUACCGCAAUGAAGCACCCGUGUUAGCUGUUUAUCGUAAUAAGGAAUCUGUUUUAGCUGUUUACCGUAAUGACGUAGUCAUGUGAACGACUUAACUAAAGAUUUUAGUUGUUCUGAAGCACUUGCUCUCAAGCACCGAAGAUUUUUGUAACCUUUCGAUCUUACUUGUUACAAAGCAUCCAUGUUCGCAGUUACCUUAAAUUGUUAUUUUUCUGCUGCACCCGUGUUUGCCGUUUUACUUUACAUGUUUUUAGGCAGCAUGCUCGCUGUUAAGCGUAAGAAUUUUACUUGUUCGAAGCACCUAUGUUUUUGUUACGCCAAAGAAUUAACUUGUUCUGAAUUUUACUUGCCGUGAAGCAGACAAGUGUGCUGUUCUACUGUUAACUUUUUCCUGUCCUGAAGAAUCCAUGUUCACUGUUUUCCGAAAAGAUUUUUCUGUUCUGAAACACCCGUGUUAAUUGUUUUGCCUUGCCAGCUUUCCCCGAGGAACUCGAGGAAACAUUGGAAAAGAAAAAUAUUGCGUUUCUUUACACGUCUGGAACACAGUGUCCUGGUCUCCGGUCUGUUAAAGAAAAGGUGAGGUUUGCAAGACCUCAAAACCAAUAUUUUUUAUCUCGUCUACUGUGAUUUUUAAAGAAUUGCUACCUGUCCUCCAUGAUUAUUUAGAUCACGCCAGAGGGCUGAAUACUGAUGCAUAUAUUUCGCUUGAUUUUGGGACCAAGCAGCUCCAUUUGAGAAUCCUAGAACUAUGAUAUCAUUAUUAACGUUGCUUGUCUAAAUAGAUAAAUCACAUUGCAUGGUAUUUCUUCAAGUUGGGGACAACUUGCACGUAUGUCCGAGAAGCUUAAGAAAUAUGUAUUGACAUCUUUUAGUGAAGAGGAGCACGUAGACGUCAUGGUGAUGAUUGCCAUCUAGUGCAGCAUGAAAAUCGAGACUUUACACCAACGUAAGGGCAUCGGAAAGAAAGGACAAGAUCUGAUUGGAAGGCGGUUGGAAAACGUCAUCUGCAGAUCCAGCGUACUGUUUUUUUCUGAAAUCUUUUUUUCUCUCCCUUUAAAAAUUUUUUCUGUCUUGCUUUUCAAGCUGCACUAUAUGGCCGUUGUCAUGUCGAUGUGUUUCUUUUUAUUUAAAUGAAAAAUACAUCUAGUAGCUAUGCCUGUUUCAAGAAACAUUUGUCUUUUUUUAGACAUGGCCAUUUUGCACUGAACACCACAGGCUUUCUUUUCACAGAACGUAUGUUAUUGUCUGCGGAGAUAGAGGAAGUAGUUGUUGAUUAACGCUACUUUAGAAUUUCAAAAUUCUAUCUCACAUUUUUGGUCGUUUUGAGUUACUGAGACCAAGAAGUCAGUCU